GAAAGAGUAAGUAAUACCUUUGAUCGCGUGAAAUCACCCACUGGUUUGCUCUAGCUUUGUUUUCAGAGCUUAUCCUGCCUGCCGAGGUCGAGCAAUGGAUAUCAGAUGUCUCGCACAGGAACAAUCUCCGAAGACAGCUCUUCGACAACAUCAGAGCUACAUUUGCACCUUCCACGAGCGAACACUGAACCUAUACCCUGCUCAGGAUAUGAAACCCAUUUCUAACAUCUAUUUCUGGCUGCAGGAUUCCAUCGAGUAACCGCUCCAAGGUCAAGUCCUCCGCAGCCCGCGCCUUGCGGCAGAAGCUGCUGGAGACUUACCCCGGCUUCGAGCCCUACAUUGAAGAGAUCAUGCCCAAGAAGGCCUCACUCGAAGCCGUCAAGCUACCCGAACGCGCAACCCUCUACACGAUAGACUCAAAACCCCUCUUCUUCCAACGCUUCGACGACCCCCCAAUCCCCCACCUUCGCCUAAUUCACGCCUUCCCCACCGCCCUCCCAACUAUUCAAAUCGACCGCGGCGCAAUCCGCUUCGUCCUCUCCGGCGCCACCCUGAUGGCUCCCGGUCUGACUUCCCCGGGCGGCCGUCUCCCGGAUGCGGAGCAUGCGCUUGAGGCGGGACAAGUCGUUGCCGUCAAGGCCGAGGGGAAGGAGGAGGUUUGUCUUGUUGGUGCAUUGAAGGUGGGCACGGAGGAGAUGAAGAGUAAAGGGAAGGGAGUUGUUAUGGAUGAGGGUCAUUAUUUGGGUGAUGGGCUUUGGAACUUGCAGUUGGACUAGAGGAUGCGUUUAUGAACAUAUUUGGGCUGUUUUUAUCGUAUCGGUUGGUUGCGGAUACCCCCGAUGGUGAUGAUUUUUAUGUUGGUAUGAAAAUGAGAAAGAUAUGAUCUCUUGCGUCCUUGAU